GCUUUGUUAUCGUUCUGCCUGGCUCGAUUUCUUAGAGCGCGAGUACAUGAUGACUCGAUGAAUACGUCAUGUCGCAUUUGACGUAGCUGGUGCUCAUGGGACCGAUUUAGGUGUCUAUCUCAACGGUCGCUAUCUGUCACAUAGACCUACGACGGGCCUAUUGAGACCAGCUCGUGAAAAGAUUCACUACCCUCGUCACAGUCUCUCGCGUCACAUUCUCCACAGACCAAUUCCUCCACAUGAUGACGAACAUUAUAGACUUCUCCGUCAUCUUAGCAAAUGAGACCUUACGACAUGAGUACAUUCAACAAGUACUGAACGUAGUUUCCGUUUCAGAAUUAUCGUAAGCGAGUACUUGGCAUCUUUUUCUGCAGCCAUCGACACGGUGUGCCGAAACGACCCCACAAUGGGAUGCACUUGAAGUCCACGGCACUAUCAUGAUGAAUACGUGUGGGGUUGGAUUAUUCAUAAGCAACUUCGACAACAUAAUGGAUCCAGGUCCCCGAGGUUAUCAUUCCUCGGCUGCCUCAUUUAAUUUCGUCGAUGUCAUUCGCAGUUGUAAGAAGUGGAUCUAUUCUUGCCGAAUUUCACGACUCAAGUCUGUUUUAAUUUCCCAUCUUAUGAUGCCUUUACGCAUCAAAGAAGUUUUCGACGCUCAUGACAUCUACCUGUUACGCAAACAGAAGUCAUACACUGCAGUGAACACUAGCCCUCAAAUCACCGAUCUACAGAAUGCUGGCGAACACGACGCUGACAUGAAAUCGGAGAAAGAGAUAUGUGGGUCGUCCUCAAAGUACGGAAGAAGGGCCUCCCCUGUGGGAGACUUUAGGGCUUAACGUGAAUAGGAAACAAUGAUUGUGUAGCUCGACUUAGCAAUGAAACCAUAUUCUUCUC